AUGGCAACUUUACAGCAUCCACUAUGCUUCAAGUUCAAGCUCCGUAACCCACCGGAUAAACCCGAAUCCAAUUCAAAGCCCGGGGAAAGAACAACCCGUUCCAGAACCCUUGUAAUUCACUGCAAGAAAGCCAAGAAUGAAGAAGCUUUCAAGGAGGAAAGGAGAGCCCAUGUGGACUACGAUAAUGGGACCCAUCAUGUCUCUGUUCGGGUCAGUGGCCUCCGCAAGUCGGACUUGUCUAAACGCAAUCGUAUGCGGGUCGAGACGGACCGGUUCCAGAAGGACUGGACCAUUUCCCAGGUGGUAGAGAAGAUAAUGGCGCUCAACCGCCACGAUGAUGUUGAAGUUGUCUUGAACCGAUGGGCGGGCCGGUUUGCCCGGAAGAAUUUCCCUAUUCUUAUCAGGGAAAUAACUCAAAAAGGGUCAGUAGAACAUAGCAUCCUAGCAUUCUCGUGGAUGAAAAAUCAGAAGAACUACUGUGCACGAACUGAUAUCUACAAUAUGAUGAUUCGGUUGCACUCUAGGCAUAACCAGGUGGAUCAGGCACGUGGUUUAUUCUUUGAGAUGCAAAAAUGGAGGUGCAAGCCAGAUGUUGAAACUUACAAUGCUCUCAUUAAUGUGCAUGGCCGAAACGGACAGUGGCGUUGGGCCAUGAAUAUAAUGGAAGACAUGCUCCGUGCAGCUAUACCACCAAGUAGGUCAACUUAUAACAACUUGAUACAUGCUUGUGGAUGUGCUGGAAACUGGAAAGAAGCUCUCAAGGUUUGCAAGAGUAUGACGGAAAAUGGAGUUGGGCCUGAUUUGGUGACACACAAUAUUGUGCUAUCUGCAUAUAAGAAUGGUGCUGAAUACUCGAGAGCAUUAUCUUACUUUGAACUGAUGAAAGGAACUAGAAUUCGUCCUGAUACGACCACCCUGAAUAUUGUUAUGCAUUGCCAAAUAAAGCUUGGGCAUUAUGAGAAAGCUCUUGAAUUUUUUAAUUCAAUGAGAGGCAAAAGAGCAGAAUGUCUUCCUGAUAUUGUUACAUUUACUACCAUCAUGCAUAUGUAUUCAGUUUUGGGCCAGGUUGAAAACUGCAAGGCUGUGUUUAGUACAAUCCUUGCAGAGGGUUUGAAGCCUAAUGUUGUUUCAUAUAAUGCAUUACUUGGUGCACAUGCAUCUUGUGGGAUGUGCACAGAAGCCUACUCAAUUUUUAAAGAAAUGGUACAGAAGGGACUCCGUCCAGAUGUUGUCUCUUAUACUUCUUUGCUUAAUGCUUACGGAAGAUCACAGCAGCCAGAGAAGGCCAGAGAGAUAUUGGAGAUGAUGAAACAGAAUAAUUGCAGACCGAAUCUCGUGAGCUAUAAUGCAUUGAUUGAUGCCUAUGGAUCUAAUGGCCAUUUAGCUGAAGCUGUUAAAGUGCUGCAUGAAAUGGAGAACAGUGGUGUCCAACCUAAUGUUGUGUCAAUUAGUACUUUGUUGGCAGCCUGCGCCCGAUCUGGUGACAGAGUGAGGAUUGAAUCAAUAUUGGCAGCUGCUGAGUCACGACAUAUUGCAUUGAACACAAUUGCAUAUAAUUCUGCUAUUGGAAGUUAUAUGAGUUUAGGGGAGUAUGAGAAGGCAAUAACAUUAUACAGGUUGAUGAGGAAAAAGAGAGUCAAACCUGAUUCUGUUACCUUUAAUGUGUUGAUAAGUGGUUCAUGUAAGAUGUCUAAGUUUUCUGACGCACUUGAUUUUGUUGACGAAAUGAUGCAUCUAAAGAUACCAUUAUCUCAGGAGGGGCAACUAGCUGGAGCAGAAUCAAUGUUCUCCAUGAUGAAGACUGCUGGUUUUCUUCCUGAUGUUGUUGCAUAUACUGCUAUGCUACACGCAUACAGUGUAGCAGAUAAUUGGGAGAAUGCUUUUAAGAUAUUCCAAGAGAUGGAAUUGGAUGGUGUUCAGCCAGAUUCUGUUGCUUUUUCAACUCUCAUGAGAGCUUUCAACCGAGGGUGCCAACCAGAAAAAGUUCUUCUUGCCGCAGAGUUUAUGAAAGACAAGAACAUCCCCUUCACAGAUGCGGUUCUUUUUGAAGUAAUUUCGGCAUGUAGUAUGUUGCGGGAUUGGAGAAUAAUCACAGAAGUAAUCAAAAUGAUGGAGAGUUCAUUGGCUGUUGUCUCUGUUGGAACUCUUAAUCAACUUUUGCAGUGUGUUGGAAAAUGUGGAAAGGUUGAAACAAUGAUCAAGUUGUUCUACAAGAUGGUGUCAUUCAAUGUAGAAGUAAACUUGUCAACAUAUUCAAUUCUUUUAGACAAUCUUUUGGCUGCGGGAAAUUGGAGGAAGUACGUGGAGGUAUUGCAUUGGAUGGAGGAUGAAGGGAUUCCACCAUCUAUGAAAAUGUACCACGAUAUAUUAUUCUUUGCGCAGAAGAGCGCUGGAGCUGAAUAUGGUGCCGCAAUUAGAGAAUCUAUUGAAUCAAUGAAGUGGAAAAGGGAUAAUAAAAUCUCAUUGAACCGGACACAUGAAUCACGUCCUGUUCCAACCAACGUGGUCACAGUUGGGUAA